AUGGUACAAUCCUUUCUUGCAAGGAUACCUCUCAUUAUAUCAUUCCCAACAAUCAUUCUUUCAAGUAAUUUGAUUGUACCGACUUAUCAAGAUAUUUUAGAACAACACAUAUCACAUAAUAUUAAUCAUAAUUCAAAUUUGCAUAAUGAACAAGAUCAUUUUUUGUUCAGUGACUUAAUAGUAAGACUAAUAUUCUUACCGCUAUUUGCAUCAUUAUCAUUUGUCUCAAUUGGGUGUUCUGUAAAUAUUAUCAAGAGAAGAUGGAGUUCUGUUAUUCCAAUAUCCUUAACAUUUAUGGUUGUCUCUUUGUUAAAUUUUAUAUUAAAUCCAAUUCAAACUACUGUCUUUACAAUGGUUACCGUAAAGAAAUUAAUUCAUAAUGAAAAUAAUCAAAUAUAUGAUAUCUCAAUGAAGAGUCAUAUUUUCAAUUUCAUGAAAACUUAUUUACCUUUAAUAGGUCUAUGCCUGAUCAUUAAUUGCAUCAAUGAAGAAAAUAGAGCAUUAUCGAAUUUUAUGUCCACCUCAGAACCAUGGUAUUACCUAUUAUUAAAUUUCGUAAUAUAUUUAGUGCUGAUUAUACUAUUACGUUACACAUAUCCUGUCUUAAAAUACAAACUUUUCGAUACUCAAGAUGACCAUAAUAAUGCACAAGAAGAUAACUAUAUAGAAAAUAAAUCUACCAGAAGAAAAGUUCUUAUUUCUUUGAUCUUAGGAUCAUUGGCAUCAUUGGCUACAAUGUUAGUUUUAACAAUAUUUUAUCGUGCUUCAACUUUACAAUUACUUAUGGUAUUUGUAUAUAUAGGUUGUGUUACCAUAUUCUUUUUCUCUUUGAAGGAUAGUUUAAUUGAAUAUUCUCAACGGAUGUCAGAUGAUGGAUCCAAUGAUCAAGCACAGAUUGCAACACUUCAAAUACCUAAUUUCAUGACUUUAAUCAUUGGGUUUAUGUCUAUUUCUUUACAGUAUCUUUCGUUUAAUAAAGUGGCUUCUUCCUUCACUAAGGAUCUAUUGACUGUGGUAUUUGUCACCCUAGCUGAAUAUAUUUCUAGGGUAUCAAUAAGAUUGUCUUACCACAAUAAACAGGGUUAUCCGAUUAAAAGUAGAGUUACAUCAACUACACAUAACGACCAUCAUCAUCAUAAUCAUUCAUCUCAGAAGCAAAAGAAAAGUAUAUUUAAACAAAUUGUUUUGAAUAAAGAUACAAGAUCAAUUUUUUCUUUCUUACUAUUAAACACAACGUUUAUGUUCGUGCAACUUUUAUACUCAUUUCGCUCAAAAUCCCUUGGUCUAUUAUCGGAUUCGUUACAUAUGGCUUUGGAUUGUACAUCUUUGUUUUUAGGUUUGUUGGCUAGUGUUCUAGCAACUCAAGAAGCUAGUGAUAAGUUUCCAUUCCAUCUUAAGUACUUACAGACAUUAGCAGGUUUUACCAAUGGUAUUUUGUUGUUAGGGAUCGUAUGUGGUAUUUUCGUAGAAGCUGCUGGUAGAGUCUUCAAACCUACUGCUAUUGAGGAGACCAAUGAACUAUUGGUUGUUGCUGUUCUUGGUCUAUUGGUGAAUUUGGUUGGUUUGGUUGCAUUCGACCAUACUGGCGAUGGUCAUAACCAUGGAGAUAAUGGUGCUAGUAGUGACAACAUGAGAGGUAUCUUUUUACAUAUUUUAGCUGAUACUCUUGGUUCUGUGGGUGUGAUAAUAUCAACAUUAUUGAUUAAAUUGACAAACCUACACAUAUUUGACCCUAUCGCAUCUAUUAUGAUUGCAAGUUUAAUCUUAUUAAGUUCAUUACCUUUAUUAAAAUCUACGACUUUAAAUUUAUUAUUGAAAUUAGAUACUAAAAAGCAUAAUAGUGUGAAAAAUGCUUUAAAUCAGAUCACUACGACUCCAGGGAUUACAGGUUAUACAACACCUCGUUUCUGGCCAGUACAACCAAAUGCUUCGGAACAUGCACAUAGUCAUGGGGGUUCUCAACAUAGUGAGAAUGAUCAUGAUCAUGAACACGAUCACGAUCAUGGCCAUGAACAUAGCCAUAAUUCACAAAAUGGACAUAAUCAUCACCAUAUGUCUAAGAAUUUAGACAAAUGCACUCUUGUUGGGUACAUUCAUAUUCAAUACGCUGAAGGUGAGAAUUCUACAAUCAUUAAGAAAAGAGUAGAGAGGAUACUGGAAAAUGAAGGCAUCCAAGCAUGGGUACAAGUCGAGCCACAGAGUUCUAGUUGCUGGUGUAGAACAACCUCUAUGAGUAGCGUCAUUAAUCCUAACAUAAGUUCAAACUAG